AUGUCAAAAAAUAAAAAAUUGCCAUUUUCGAAAAUUACAUCCGAAGAAAAAGAGAAAGAGAAAGGAAAGGAAGAUAAUUAUGUGCAUCCAUGGUGGACAGACACAUAUUCUUUUAAGAAGUAUGUCAGAGGCGUUGCUCCUCAGCAUCUAAUCGACACUUCCACACGACAUAGAAUAUACAAUUCUGUAUAUUGGCAACAACAUUGUUUUGGUGUUAAUUUACUGACAUUAGUUGAUCGAGCACAAUCUUUGAAAGGCGUUGGAGGUGUUUAUGGCUUGUUUCGUGAACCUUGUAAUUUCAUUUGCCUAUUUUUAAAACUUUUAGAAUUAGAACCAUCAAAAAAAGUUAUUGAGGGCUUUCUAAACACGAAAUCCUGGCAAAUGAAACACCUAAGACUUCUUGCUGCUCUUUAUGUUCGUUUCGUUUUCCCUGCUGAAGAAGUUUAUUUGAUUUUAGAGGGAUUAUUAGGGCAGUACUUUAAAGUCGCUGUUCUAAGAGAGGAAGGCUUCAAAGUAGAAUACUUUGAUACUGUUAUUUAUUCAUUUUUGCAUGAUAAAUUUUGGUGCGGAAUAACAUUUCCACCAUUAACUCCAAGAAACAAUCUCCCUCCCCGAAUAACACCAUUAGCACACAUGGCCGAUAAAAUUAAAGAAGAAGAAUUUGCCAAACUUGGAAUGAACAAAGAUGGAGAAUUAUUUGAAGAGAUUGAAAAGAGAAAAUCAGAAGAAAAGCAAUCAGGAAGAAUCCAAUUUAAAGUCAAAAAGAAGGUUCCUGUUCCAGCGCCACAAAAAUCAGAGGCCAAUGAAAUUGCUGAAGAGAACAAACUUAGAGCAAUGCUUGGCUUACCACUACUUCAUUAG